CUUCAACCUCUUCUUUUCUCCAUACCUGCCUAUGACGCUAUGACAAACUCAGACAGUAAAAAGAUUUGCUACUAUGAAUUAUUGGGUGUGGACAGGAAGUGCGAUGCGGCUGAGAUCAAAGCGACAUAUCGGAAGCUUGCAUUGCGCAUGCACCCGGAUAAAGCACACCAAAAUGGGAUGUGUCCAGAGGAAGCCACCAAGCGAUUCCAGCAGAUCCAGGAGGCCUAUUCUGUUCUUUCGGAUGUGCAGGAAAGAGCUUGGUAUGAUGCUCAUCGAGAGCAAAUACUAAGAGGUGAUGAUGGGCCCGGCGAGGACCCUUUCAAAACUAAAAUCAACCUCUACAAGUACUUUAGUGUAUCCUGCUUCGAUGGAUUUGGAGAUGAUCCUUCCGGGUUCUUUGCGGUUUACCGUGAGCUCUUUGAGGCAAUUGAUGCUGAAGAAGAGCAGUGGGAGGAUGCUGAUGAAGAUCAUGUUGCAAUGCCACCGUUUGGGGGACCAGAUGCAGAUUGGGCAGACGUGUCAGCCUUCUACAGGCAUUGGCUUGAGUUCUGCUCCAGAAAGGCAUUUGGGCAUGCGGAUCAGUGGAAUCCGAAGGAGGCUCAGAAUCGUCAAGUUCGAAGAGCCAUGGAGCAGGAAAAUAAAAAAGCCAGACAGGCUGCAAAAAAGGAAUUCAAUGCAGAAGUCCGCCAACUUGUCAAGUUUGUUCAAAAGCGGGACCCUCGAGUUCUCGCACGCCAGAAGCAGCAGAUGAAGGAAAAUAUCGAGAAGAACCAGAGGGAUCGAGCGCAAAAGGAAAAGCAAAAAGCUGAUCAGGUGAAGGAGAGGGAAGAGCGCAAAGUUGCUGCCAGGCAAGCCGAAGAGGAAAGAUGGGCAGAAACGAAAGCACGAAAGGAGGAGCAAAGAGCUCGUGGGGAAGUUGUGAGUGAGGAAGAAGAUGACAGUGAGGACAGAGACACCGACGCAAGACUUGUCCUAGCAGUGGCCGUGGAAUACUGUUGUGAACCUUGUCGCAAGACGUUCAAAUCCGAGAAGGCCUUUGACCAACACGCGAAAAGCAAGAAGCAUUUACAGGUUGUUGCCAAGUUUCGGAAGGAGUUAGACGAAGAGAUGGAGGAAGAAGCAAAGAACGAGGAUCGAUCAGAGGAAAGUGAAGACAGUCUAGGUCAUGCGGAACAGUUCAAACCUGUUGAGAAGGCUUCAGAAGGGCGAAAAGAACCAACACCUGAGGCAAAGACUGAGGAGGACAACUCAUCAAAUGAGAGCAACAGUGAAAGUGAUGAGGAUGACUUUUUGCUUCGCUUUGCAGCUCAAAAGAGCAAAAGCGCUGGACGAGGCUAUCCUGCAGCUUCCCCUCCAGCUACAGAGGAAGAUCGAGGUGGUGAUGGUACAGAUGGCGAAGAUGGUGAAGAUGCGGAUGCGAGGGAAGAAGAGCCCGUCAAUGACGUUCGUAGUCGUAGGGCGCAGAAGAGGCAGCAGCAAACGGCUGCAGCUUCACAGCGUAGACAGGAGCGAGAGAAUGUGCAAGACCUUGUCAACGGUGUCAAAAAGGCACAGAGGGCAAGCAAGCAGGAGGCGAAAGCCACUGAUUUGACUGGACCAAUCCCAGAGGGCAACUCUUGCGGUGUCUGCAAAGAGGACUUCCCCAGCCGGUCGGCUCUUUUCAAACACAUCAAGGCCAGUGGUCACGCAUUGCUGAAGCCGGCGGAACCCGUUGCCAAAGGUCGCAAGUCGAAGAGAUAGUCGGUCUGGAACUUCUUAUUCCCCG